ACCGUGUUGUUUCAUUCCUGUACCUAAACCUGCUUUAUCUGCUUCAGAUUUUUUUACCACUGGAAAAUACACAAAGAUGUUUUAAACCUACAGGUCCUUCCUCUAGAUGUAGUUGCUACAUCCUUAGGAACAAAGCAAAUGCAGGUGUUGGACCAUGUCAGAAAUCUUGUCAAGAGCAUGGACUGUUUCACACAGAGUGGAGAUAUGGCUUCUGAUCCUGGUGGCUUAUUUACUCCAAAGAAAUGUGAACUCAGGACAUAUGCCAACGAAAGCUGCGGAUCCAGAAGCAUUCAUGAAUGUUAGUGAAAUCAUCCAACACAAGGGUUAUCCCAGUGAGGAAUAUGAAGUUGCGACUGAAGACGGAUACAUCCUUUCUGUGAACAGAAUCCCUCAAGGUCUAACACAACGAAAAAAGGAAGGAUCCAGGCCAGUGGUGUUACUGCAGCACGGCCUUCUUGGGGAUGCUAGCAACUGGAUUUCCAACCUGCCCAACAACAGUCUGGGCUUCAUUCUGGCUGAUGCUGGCUUUGAUGUGUGGAUGGGAAACAGCAGAGGAAAUACCUGGUCUCGGAAACACAAGACUCUCUCCAUAGACCAAGAUGAGUUCUGGGCUUUUAGUUAUGAUGAAAUGGCUAGGUUUGACCUUCCCGCUGUGAUAAACUUUAUCUUACAGAAAACAGGCCAGAAAGAGAUCUAUUAUGUCGGCUAUUCACAGGGCACCACCAUGGGCUUUAUUGCAUUUUCCACAAUGCCAGAGCUAGCUCAUAAAAUCAAAAUGUAUUUUGCCUUAGCACCUAUAGCCACUGUUAAAUAUGCAAGAAGUCCUGGUACCAAAUUUCUGCUGCUACCAGAUAUGAUGAUCAAGGGAUUAUUUGGCAGACAAGAAUUUUUAUAUCAGACUAGAUUUUUCAGACAGCUUUUUAUUUACCUUUGUGGCCAGAUGAUUCUUGACCAAAUCUGCAGCAACAUCAUAUUACUUCUGGGGGGAUUUAACACAAACAACAUGAACAUGAGCCGAGCAAAUGUAUAUGUAGCCCAUACACCUGCUGGAACAUCUGUGCAGAAUAUUCUCCAUUGGAGCCAGGCAGUGAAUUCUGGUGAACUUCGUGCCUUUGACUGGGGAAGUGAGACCAAAAAUCUGGAGAAAUGCAAUCAACCAACUCCUACAAGGUACAAAGUUCGAGAUAUGACGGUCCCCACAGCAAUGUGGACUGGAGGUCAAGACUGGCUUUCAAAUCCAGAUGAUGUGAAAACACUGCUUUCUGAAAUGACCAACCUCAUCUACCACAAGAACAUUCCUGAAUGGGCUCAUGUGGAUUUCAUCUGGGGGCUGGAUGCCCCUCAGCGUGUGUACAGUGAGAUCAUACAUCUGAUGAAGAGAGAGCCCAGCCUUUCCCAGGGAACCUGCCAGGUCGCACUGUGAAGCUCCUCCUGUUUGCAAGUCUUGGGACAAUGUCACACAGUAUGGGCUGGGCUACAGGGAUGCCAGAAGACCUGCUGGUUCAGAGGAAUGCUUCAGGGUGCUUCCUCUGACACUAAAGCUGAUACUUACAUGCUUUUUCAGUUAAUUAAGCUAAGUUGGUGAACAGAGGUUUCCUGUGCUCAGGACCUUCUACCGUCUUGUAGUGUAGCUAUUACUUCACCAACAGAAAGUACCUAGAAAUUAAUUAUUUCAUUCAACCUUUCCAAACUGAUUCUUGUUUCUGUAAGUUAAAUAUUGGAGCAAUAAAGUAAAAGGAAGAAUUUGGACAGAGAUUAAAAUUGUAAA